CUCUGCCCAGUAAUAUUGACAAAAGAGUGAAUAGAGAUGUCCCCAAAUUAAACACUGUCUACAGAAAUAUAACAAAAAAAGAGGUGUGGUGUAAACAAGUUAUCAUUUUUUCUUCUCAUAAAUAGGGAAUGUGAUUGACUCCUCUUAAUCUUUUUAUACGUCUAUUUUGUUAUUAAUGGGACUCGGAGGAUUAUUUCGUUAGAAGGUAAAUAGGCACUCGUUGGUUUGUCUGUCUUUAAAAAAAAAGGCAAAAUAGCCUUCCUGCUGGUUUGCCGCUACUUGGAGAGGCUACUCUUACAUAAUUGGAAGCAUUUUAGUUUAAUAUUGUAUAAUAGAGGAUAACAACUUGCCACAGUAUUCGUUCCGGACAACAGAGGAUCAAGCAGGGCUAUGUCCUCGGCAGCAACCACACCUCCAUCUGUGGACAAAGUGGACGGAUUUUCACGGAAGUCUGUCAGGAAGGCCAAGCAGAAGCGAUCGCAGAGUUCGUCCCAAUUCCGGUCUCAGGGCAAAACCAUCGAGCUCACGCCCCUGCCCCUGCUCAAGGACGUGCCAGCGCCGGAGCAGCCGGAGCUGUUCCUGAAGAAGCUGCAACAGUGCUGUACUGUUUUUGACUUCAUGGACACGCUGUCUGACCUAAAGAUGAAAGAGUACAAGCGCUCCACGCUCAACGAACUGGUGGACUAUGUCACCGUCAGCAGGGGCUACCUGACAGAACAGGCCUACCCGGAGGUUGUCAAAAUGGUGUCUUACAACAUAUUCCGGACCCUUCCGCCCACGGACAGUAGUGAGUUUGACCCAGAGGAGGAUGAACCCACACUCGAGGCCUCAUGGCCGCACUUACAGCUGGUGUAUGAGUUCUUCAUACGAUUCUUGGAGAGUCAAGAAUUCCAGCCCAGCAUUGCCAAAAAGUACAUAGACCAGAAAUUUGUUCUACAGCUCUUGGAGCUAUUUGACAGUGAGGAUCCUCGGGAGAGAGACUACCUGAAAACAGUCUUACACAGAAUCUAUGGGAAAUUCCUGGGGCUGAGGGCUUUUAUACGAAAACAGAUCAAUAAUAUUUUUCUACGUUUUGUUUAUGAGACUGAGCACUUUAACGGGGUUGCUGAGUUACUGGAGAUCUUGGGAAGCAUAAUCAAUGGUUUUGCCCUGCCGCUCAAAGCAGAGCACAAACAGUUUCUGGUCAAAGUGUUGAUCCCCCUCCACACUGUCAGGAGUCUGUCCCUCUUCCAUGCACAGUUGGCGUAUUGCAUUGUACAGUUCCUAGAGAAAGACCCAGCGUUAACAGAACCAGUCAUCAGGGGCUUACUGAAGUUCUGGCCAAAAACCUGCAGUCAAAAAGAGGUUAUGUACCUGGGGGAGCUGGAGGAGAUCCUAGACGUGAUUGAACCGACACAGUUCGUCAAGAUCCAGGAGCCGCUUUUCAAACAGAUCUCCAGAUGCGUAUCCAGCCCACACUUCCAGGUGGCAGAGAGGGCCCUGUACUACUGGAACAAUGAGUACAUCAUGAGUCUGAUUGAGGAGAACUCCAGCGUUAUCUUACCCAUCAUGUUCGCCAGCCUGUACAGGAUCUCCAAAGAACACUGGAACCCGGCGAUAGUGGCGUUGGUGUACAACGUACUGAAAGCCUUCAUGGAGAUGAACAGUACCUUAUUUGAUGAGCUCACAGCUACUUACAAGUCAGACCGCCAGCGUGAGAAGAAGAAGGAGAAGGAGAGGGAGGAGCUUUGGAAGAAGUUAGAGGACCUGGAGCUGAAGAGGAGCCUUAGGCGUGACGGGAUAAUUCCCACUUAACGAAGCGCCACGCUCCUCUCCCAUCCAUGUCCACCGGAGCACGCCCCGUGGAUCCUGUGCGGCCAUCUGGAACGGCAUGGAGCGACCGUGUUUUUGUUGUUUUUUUUCUGUAUUGUGCGACUUACUUUAUGGUAGAUUCACACGUUGUUUAAUUAUUUCAACAGCACUGUAAAUAACUUUUAUCCUUUAACUGCCAUUAUUGCGAAAUAAAAAUUGUAAAAAAAAUAAAACGCGAUAAGGAACUUGUGUGGGGGUAAAAAUAUACUUUGGACAUUAAGACUUGAAAUGAACAGCAAAGUUAAAACAAUCUGUUAACUUCCCUCCUAUUUGAGAACCCUACCCACUCUCCUUGAAUACAAACCCAUUUUCCAUAUCUGGUUCUACUCUUUGCUCUUUCUCUCUCCUCUCUGUCCCUCUCACACUUUGGUGCUUCUGUACCUCUCUCCCUUUUGUGGGACGUCCUGACUGAGUGAGAUACCUGGGAGGCCCCGCCCUGACCAAGAGGGCACCCCUUCUCUCUGUAAGGACCACCCUCUGACCCCUCCUGACCUGACUCAUGCUGAAGCAAUGCUGGUAUUAUAUUAUAUGGACCCAUUAGCCAUGAGGAAAUUAAUUUAACCCCUCCUCCAAGAGGCGAACAUGUUAAGGUCCUGUAUGUACAGGGACUAAAAUACAAUAAAAACAGGAGGGGAAGAAGGAAGAUCUCCAUACACAUACUUACAUUCAUUCUCUCGCACAAUUUUUCUCCCCACUUCCACAUUUGUUUCUUUUCACUUGUGUGUGUCUCUCCCCAAUGAUUGAUUGGUUUCUGUCAGUUCAGUUGUCUCUUUUGUUUUGUGGACUUUGACCCUGCAGUACCAGGUAGCCUGGUAUCAGUCUGGUACUGGUACCCUCCAGCCACACAGAAAAUAGGAUUUUUUUUUUUUUUUUACGAUUGCGAGCUAUAGAGGAGCACCAAACUCUCCUAUUGUGAAAAGGAGUGUCACUCCCAAGUGUGCUUUACACAGUAUUACAAAUCUGUAUAUUGUUAUUAAACGCAGUACACUGA